GAGAGUGUGUGUGUGUCUGUAAAAGAGAGAGGGAGGGUUUGUGUGUGUGUGUCCACAGGUGGACACGCCCCCACAUGGCCCCGCCCACAAAGUACCGUCACAUCGGCCUUUUAAAGUUUCACAGUUACUUGAAUUUUUCACAGAAGCUGAAGAAGAAGAAGAAAAUGGCGGACUCCAUCAGCAGCUGCUCUUCAUCAGCCAACUCUUCAUCUUCAUCAGUCAGACGUCUCACCCUCUCAGCCUUUCAGCUCGUCCACUGGAAACAGCCGAAGAAGUCCGCUGCAGCUUUCGGCCUGUCCCUCCUGGUCCUCGUGUCCGUGGCAACCCUGUCUGUCAUCAGCGUGGUGUCCUACCUGCUGCUCGCCGGCCUCUGCGUCACGAUCACCUUCCGGGUUUAUAAAUCAGUGAUUCAGGCCGUCCAGAAAUCAGACGAAGGUCAUCCAUUCAGGGGUCUGUUGGACAGGGACAUCUCAGUGUCCUCAGAGUCGGUCCGUCAGUUGGCGGAUCAGGGUCUGAUCCACCUGAACUGGUUCAGCAGUGAGACCAGGAGGCUGCUGCUGGUCGAAGACCUGGUGGAUUCUCUGAAGCUGGCUGGCGUCAUGUGGCUGAUGACAUAUGUUGGUUCUGUGUUUAAUGGAGUCACCAUCCUGAUCCUCGCUGACAUCAUGUUCUUCACCGCUCCGCUGAUCUACCAGAAGAAAAAGGUACAAAUUGAUGACAUCAUAACAUCAGUUCGCUGCAGGUUUGACGAGAAGCUGCUGAAGCUGCAGAACGUUUUACCAGGAGCCGUGAAAAGAACCAAAGCUGAGUGACCUGCAGACACACCUGUGGUUCCGCCCUCUCCUCUGAUUGGUCCGUUUGUCACUGACUCAGCUUCUGAAUUUACUUUGAACGUCUUUAAUAAAAAAAUGAUAAAAAAAACGCAGUGUGAACUGACCCCAGCUCCCAGUGAUCAUUGAGCUUUAAAGACAAGACAAAUAGAAGAACAGAACUGGGUGGUUGUUGUUUUAUAUCCGAUCAUCACAUCAAUAAAUACACUGGACCUUUCAUUUCAACAGAGACAUGGUCUGAUGUUAAAGUCACGAUGAUAUCAUAUGUAGUAAAAAAUAUAAUAAUGUAGUUUUAUGUAGGUUUACAAGUUAAAACAGAAUAAAAACAUUUAACUGCUCAAAAUGAAAAGGUGAACCUGAACAAAAUGUUUUAAAGGACCAUUUUCUGCCCAACAGGAUCAUCUUAACCCAACCCUAACCUAACUUGAACCUAACCUAACUUUAGUCUAAACCUCAUCCCAGUUGACCUGAGGAGGUUUCAGACCAGAGCUCUGAAGACGAAGGACAGACCGGCGCCUAAAGCCAAACCCAGAGACAGAAAGAACGCCAUGAUGGCGCCGGCGGUUUCUGCUUCAUGAGGGAGAACGUUCCUGCAGAACAAGAAAUGUUUCACAUGAAUAUUUUAAAUAAAGUUCAGUUUAUCAAAG